AUGGCUGACCUUCUACUUGAUCUGCUCGACACGCGACAGGCCCCCGGCGCCAAUACCAACCCAACACCUCGAUCAACCAAGCUGGCUUAUCUGUCCCAUCUCGCAGAUCAAAGUCCGGCAGCCCUGACAUCGACAGAGCCUCAGUCUCUAACUCAGUCCUCACAAUCGCUUCUCCUCUCACUUCAAGGCGUCUCGAAGCGCUCUCACAAGUCCGUAAUCGACUCGGCCUCACACCAUGCUACUCUGACCCGCGCCUUGCCUACCCUGGUCGCUGAUACUGCCGACCUACGCCAGGCAAUCCCAAAACUUGACUCAGAAGCUUUGCGCUUUUCGACCACCUACAGCAAAUCCGGCGACAAUGAGGACCUGGCCGAAAGAAAACGAGCCCUGCUGCUGCUUCGCAACGUUGAGCGCCUCGUUGACGUUCUUGAACUCCCAACGCUCCUUUCCUCGGCCAUCAACACCAUCCCUGCCAAUUAUGCCUCAGCGCUUGAUCUCAACGCCCACAUCCGGAGGCUGCACGGCCUGUACCCAGACUCGCCGCUGGUUGAUCUAGUUUCCCGCCAGGCCGACGAGGCCAUCGUCAAGAUGACGGCUGACCUCAUCACCGCCCUCAAGUCUCCGGGUCUCAAGUUGGCCGCGUCACUACGGACCGUCAGCUGGCUCAGGAGAGUACUUCCUGAUUUGUCUUCGAUGAGCUCCUCAAGUCGCGAGUCCCAGGAGCAUACUCUCUCUCUGCUUUUCCUUUGCUGCCGAGUAGCUACCUUAGACGCGACUCUAGGGGCUCUGCAGCCCCUCCGCGAAUUGGCCGACGAGGAGAGGAAUAGGCAGCAAAACGCUAGCAACCAGUCCUGGUCCGGCGGUCAGCAAACAGAAAAGUAUCUCAAGCGUUAUGUCGAGAUCUUCCGCGAGCAAAGUUUCGGAGUCGUCUCUAUGUUCAAGAGCAUCUUCCCCAACACAAGCCAUCACGUCAGCCGACCCAACGCCGACAGCAAAGAUCCUCUCCAGCCUUUACCAUCGACGCUGUCGACGUUCCCACUUCAUCUCGUCGAGAUGCUCCUCGAGACCUUAGGCGAGUAUCUCCCUAUUGUAAAGGACCAGGCCGCACGAGAUAGCAUUCUUACGCAAGUGUUGUACUGCUCAGGAAGCUUGGGUAGACUUGGGGGCGAUUUUGGCAUGCUGUUGGCUGGGCUCGGUGACAAAGGCGAAGGAGUGACGAAACAAUCCGAAUGGGUUGAUAUUGUCAAGCGACACCGGUUACUGUCGGGGCGCCUCGAGUCGGUUAUUGGUGAUUACAAGACAGCCGGGGUCAAAGACGGUUGA